AUGGCAAGCGAGAGCGAUAUCCUCACGCCCCGCGACCCCUCUCGAGAGGGCGAGAACAGCGACGAAUGGCCUGAGUUCACACUGAGUCACGCUCAUGUGCAUUUACCUGGACAGCCGGAUUUCACUGAGAGCCUGUUGGAAGCGAGCGCUGGAUACCCUUUAGUCGUGGUGGGUCAAUUAGAGCCACCGGACCCAGACAACUCCCACCUCUACAACAAACAGCGGCCAGGGAAGAAGCGCAUCGACAUCAUUCUAGAAAGAGUAGUAACGUUCUCAUAUGGUCUGUACGGAGAUGGUAGCUACGGCUUUUGGGCUGCUGGGAAGGCGGGCUGGUUCAAACUGAAGCCAGCCAAGAAAUACAAGGCAACGUUCGACGGGAUGGCCGAAGCUGUGAAGUUGCUAUACUUCUGUUCGGACACAUAUGGACAACCUGCUCGAAAGAAGGGCAGAGGGAAAAGUGCGCAAGUUCUGCCCGACUACUCUGCGGCCGAGCUUUUCGAGAAGUACGCGGCAGAAGAGAUGGACUCCUCGGAUCCGUCAGAUGGCAUGGAGAAGUUUUACGAGCAUAAAGGCUUCUUGAUCUCAUGUAUGAUUUCUGGGAAAGAAGGCUUGGCCUGGAGCAAAUAUCCACUUUAUGGCCACAUGCACAGGAAAUUUCCGGAACUUUUCGACAAAUUGCGACAGAGACUUUCUGCGCCAGCACCUGCGGGGAGAGAGGUCGGUCAAUCUAACCACAAGCGCCAGGCAUCAGAAGGCACUACUUCAUCAGUAAGCGCGCUGACCAGAAAACGGGGACGCAAAGCCAAUGUGAAGGGUAGUGCGGUAGAAGUGAUAUCUCUGGACGGAACCUCGGAAGCAGACUCUACUAGAAGAGGAUCGAAGCAACCAGUGGAUGAACUCACUGAGCUUCUAGCAACAACGGCUUCGAGUACCAGGACGUCCAGGAAAACACGGCAGAAUUCAGUCGCAGGGCAGACCGAGGUCGACUCAGUUGAGGGUGCUGUUACCACGCCCACAAAGGAUGAUGACACCGAUGAGGAAAUCAGAUUGCGAUCUCGCAAGAACAAGUCAUCGCUUAGGCCGAGAGCGAGCAAAGCCAGCAAAAGCGCAGGUCGAAAAGGUGGGAAGGGACCGGCAAUGGAUGAAGACGACGAAGACGACCAGCCGGACCCGCCAUCGUCUCCAAUGGCUGGAAAACGGAAGAUGGCAGAUAGAGAUACGCCUGUAAGACCACUGAAACGCAGGCAUAGUCGACCACACGACGAUGAGGGCAUCGACAUUCCCACUUCACCUUCUGUAUCUGGCGAUGGAGAAAAUGCGGAGUUACCACCUGGCGGAACAUCAGAGCUAGCUAUACGUGGCGUUGAAGGACAUGCACCAGACCCUGUGCAAGAAGACACGUGGCUUUGCGCACUAGACGGCUGCUCUCACAAAGUCUACGCUGCUUCACAUCCAGACUCACAAAAGCUGAUUCGGGAGCACUAUAACCUACAUGCCUUUGACGAAGAUGAGCGAGUCCAGAUGGUUAAAAGGCUUGCUGCGCCCAGUUUGCCGACGAGCCAUCUUUUGGAGAAGGUGAAGAUGCAGGCUAAGAUGGAGGCCUUUCCGGGAAGCAGACAGAUGUCCUCGCGGUAUCUGCCGACUUUACCUGUUGCACAGAGAUACUGA